AAUGGAGAUAUUGUACCAGGCAACGGCAGUGGUGGUAUUGGUGGUUCUCUACGGCCGGAUCACGGCGGCGACGUGGUGCGUAGUGAGAAGCGAAGCUUCAAGGGAGGAAUUACAGGCGGCACUCGACUACGCCUGUGGUGCCGGAGCCGAUUGCGCACCGAUACAGCAAUCAGGUCUGUGUUUUCUUCCAAACACCAUACAAGCACACGCUUCUUACGCCUUCAACAGCUAUUAUAUGCGUAAAUCCAUGGCUCCUGGCUCCUGUGAUUUCGCCGGCACCGCCACCGUCGCCAAAACCGAUCCGAGUUAUGGAUCCUGCGUUUAUCCAGCUUCUCCAAGCACUGCCGGAGGUACACCUACACCUCGAGGAGGAGCAACAACAACAUUCAGUACUCCGAUUACAGACGUGACACCUCCACCCCCAGCCACCACCAUGCCGUUCUAUGGGAGCGGUGGUGGUGGGCUAAAUCCGAUUGGCAUGGUACCAACAUUCGACGCAUCGUCAAAGGCUAAUGCUUUGAUAAAGUUCUAUGAUUCAAGACUAUGUUUUCUACACAUGUUAUUUUUGGUAUUCGACUUAUGGAUGUUUUUGUAGCGUAAUUUGUUACGUUUAGGACAAUUUUGUUGGACGUUAUGCAAUUGUAUUUUCUGGUAUCGUCUUUCUAUAGUACUCGUUAAUUUGUACUGAUCUUGUUGACCUGUUUGACCUUUGUUGCAAAUCAAAUGAAUUUGAUUCUA